ACAAAAGUAAACAAAAGCUGUUUGGCGGGACUUGAAUGCGUGUCGUGGCGAGACCCCUUCGGCCUCUUGCGUCUCUCUUAUUACGCCAUUUAUCGCCUCUCUCUCCUGUCUCCCGUUCGCAGUCUCGCACCAUGGGAAUAUUAGGGCUCUCCAAGUUAAUAGCUGACGUGGCUCCUUCGGCUAUUAAGGAGAAUGAGAUGAAAAAUUACUUCGGCCGUAAGGUGGCUGUGGACGCCUCCAUGAGUCUGUACCAGUUCUUGGUGGCUGUACGACAGGAGGGUAACCAGCUCACUUCAGCUGAUGGCGAGACAACCAGUCACUUGAUGGGAUUCUUCUACCGUACAAUCCGUAUGGUUGACAAUGGUAUCAAGCCAGUGUAUGUAUUUGACGGCAAACCCCCUACCAUGAAGGGAGGGGAGCUGGCCAAGAGAGCAGAGCGGAGGGAAGAAGCUCAGAAACAGCUGGAGAAAGCUGAGGAAGCAGGUAAUGUUGAAGAAAUCGACAAGUUCAGCCGUCGCUUGGUGAAGGUAACAAAGCAACACAAUGAAGAAGUCAAGAAACUGCUGAGCCUUAUGGGCAUUCCAUAUGUGGAUGCUCCUUGUGAGGCUGAGGCUCAGUGUGCUGCCCUUGCCAAAGCAGGAAGGGUAUAUGGUGUUGCAACUGAGGAUAUGGAUGCCCUGACCUUUGGCACACCGGUGUUGUUGCGACAUAUGACCUUUAGUGAGGCGCGAAAGAUGCCCAUCAAGGAGUUCCAUUUACCAAAGGUCUUGGAAGAACUGGAACUCUCCCAUGAUGAGUUCAUUGAUAUGUGCAUCCUCCUGGGCUGUGAUUACUGUGAUAGCAUUAAGGGCAUUGGGCCCAAGCGUGCCAUUGAACUCAUCAGAACCCACAAGUCAAUUGAAAAAAUCGUCGGCCAACUUGACAAAAAAAAAUACCCAGCUCCUGAGGACUGGCCAUAUACCGAGGCUAGGAGGCUGUUCCUUGAGCCUGAGGUCAAAGCUGCUGAGGAAGUGGAGCUCAAGUGGAACGAACCAAAUGAAGAGGAGCUGAUAAAGUACAUGUGCGAAGAGAAGGGCUUUGCCGAGGACAGAAUACGCAAUGGGUGCAAGAAGCUGACCAAAGCUCGCAACACCACAACACAGGGACGACUUGACUCCUUCUUUAAGGUUCUACCAUCCCCAACCAGCUCGACUAAUAAGCGCAAGUCAAACGAAAAGCCAGGAGCAGCAAAGAAAGCAAAGACUGGAGGUAGUGGCAAGUUUAGGCGAUGAAAUCUCGGCCGAGGCAUCAGCUAGACAAGAAACCAUUUUUUUUUUUCUUCUAUAUUCCAUUUGAGAUUACCUUAUGUAAUGUCUUUAGGUGUUUGAAGUUGCUACGUUCAUUAUCUUAUGGUGUUCUUGUGUAUUAUUUUUUUUUUUAGCCUUGUAUAAUUUUUACAUUUGCUUUCAUGUUUUCCU